AUGGCGGCGGCGGCGGCGGCGGCGGCGGCAGCGAUGACGACGGCGGCGGCGGCGGGCGGCGGCGGGGCCGGUGCGGCCCGCUCUCUCUCGCGCUUCCGAGGCUGCCUGGCGGGCGCGCUGCUGGGGGACUGCGUGGGCGCCGUCUACGAGGCCCACGAUACCGUCAGCCUGACGUCAGUCCUGCGUCACGUCCAGAGCCUGGAGCCAGACCCGGGCACGCCGGGCAGCGCGCGGACAGAAACAUUGUACUACACAGAUGAUACUGCCAUGGCCAGGGCCCUCGUGCAGUCCCUGCUGGCCAAGGAGGCCUUCGACGAGGUGGACAUGGCUCACAGGUUUGCCCAGGAGUACAAGAAGGACCCUGACAGAGGGUAUGGGGCUGGAGUCAUCACUGUCUUCAAGAAGCUCCUGAGCCCCAAGUGCCGUGACGUCUAUGAGCCUGCCCGGGCCCAGUUCAAUGGAAAGGGCUCCUAUGGCAAUGGCGGUGCCAUGCGGGUGGCAGGCAUCCCACUGGCCUAUAGCAGUGUCCAAGAUGUACAGAAGUUUGCCCGGCUCUCAGCCCAGCUGACCCAUGCCUCCUCCCUGGGUUACAACGGUGCCAUCCUGCAGGCUCUGGCUGUGCACCUUGCUCUGCAGGGUGUGUCUUCCAGUGAGCACUUCCUCAAGCAGCUUCUGGGCCACAUGGAGGAGCUGGAAGGUGAUGCCCAGUCGGUCCUGGAUGCCAAGGAGUUGGGUAUGGAGGAGCGUCCAUACUCCAGCAGGUUGAAGAAGGUUGGAGAGCUACUGGACCAGAACGUGGUGAGCCGAGAUGAAGUGGUGUCUGAGCUAGGGAAUGGCAUUGCCGCCUUUGAAUCUGUGCCCACCGCCAUCUACUGCUUCCUGCGCUGCAUGGAGCCUGAUCCUGAGAUCCCCUCCACCUUCAACAGCCUCCAGAGGACUCUGAUCUACUCCAUCUCACUUGGUGGAGACACAGACACCAUAGCCACCAUGGCUGGGGCCAUUGCUGGAGCUUACUAUGGGAUGGAGCAGGUGCCAGAGAGCUGGCAGCAAAGCUGUGAAGGUUAUGAGGAGACAGACGUCCUGGCCCAGAACCUGCAUCGGAUCUUCCAAGAGAAUCUGUGAAGGCCCCAGCUCCAGCGGCCUUGUCAGGCCCAUCAGGACCAAGGACAACUCAGAUUGCAACCAGAAUCCCCUUAAGCUGGCUCUCCUGCCCCAGCAUUCCUGAAGGGCAGGCUGAGGGCACCCUUGGGGCUGGAGUCUUAGGACGGUCUGUGGAACGGUGAAGAACUGGUGCCUUCGUGGUACUGCAGGGCUGUUGACACCCCAGGGUCCUCGGAAAUCUGAGGGGUCAGGGCAGUUUUAUUUUGGAGGAGUAUUUGUGUAGCAUACUUUUCCAUCUGAGACAUGGGACUUCAGAAGGUGGAAAUGACCUGUGGGCAUAUCAUACCUCCCUGUUGGGUUUUAACCAAUGUGACAGGCAGCUGCUUGUUGGACUGGACAGAGCCCACAGGUUGUGUGGCUCUUGAGACUGGCAUCUGCAUCCAGCCCAUUCAUUGCCAACCUGGCCUGGCGCCUCUCUGGAAUGGGGCUCCUUGACAGCUUCUGGUGGAAGUCACAGCAAUAAACCGUUUUUUGUAAAUCCCA